GUUGGAGGUUUGUCGUCAUGCUGGUGUGUGUUUUUUUUUCAAACACACAUAGGGGUUACAACACAAUAAAAGGUUGUGAGAUCAGCAGGAAGACCAAUCACUGACACUCUGUUCAACCAGCAAGCAGCUCAAAGAAUCAACCAUGACACAGAUGAUGAUGAAAGCCUCUGUCGCCGUGGUGACCUUCUUCCUACUCUUCUCAUCCGUCCUGACAUCUGCACGUGAGUCGACCGUAUUCAAAUUUCUCUCAGAACAUCUGAUUAGGAAAUUCUGAUGAGUUCAGUUACCACUUUUGUUUUUUCUCCAUCGCUGGUCCAGCUAGUUACCAGCCACAAACAUGCUGCUCAAGCUACUACAAGAAAAAGAUACCUGCUCAUGUGAUGCAGAGCUUCAGAUACACAGGCAUGCAUUGUGGCAAUAGAGCUGUUAUUAUUACGAUGACAAAUAACAAAGAAAUCUGUGUUGACCCGUCCAUGGAGUGGGUGAAGAAACUAGUGAAUGACGUCCAGUAAUGCACAUCGUUACUUUGAUCAAAAAUUCUGCUGAUUCCUCAGUUACAAUGUUUGAAUUCAUUAAAAAAUAUAUUCCAAAAUACAAAAACUUGUUGAAUUUGAAACAGCAAAGCAAUAAAAUAUAAUGUAUUUCAAUAUUUUCAAAUCAUUAAAUUUGACUUUUCCUGAUACACCGGCAAUUCCAACCCUGACAGUGAACAGCCCCAGCCUCCAGCGCCCAUGCCCCAACCGACAGAGCCUCGGCCCCAGCCACCACCGCCCCGGCCCGAACCGACAGCACCCCGGCCCCAACCGACAGAGCCUCGGCCCCAGCCACCAGCGCACCGGCCCCGACAGACAACGCCCCGGCCCCAACCGACAGCGCCCCGGCCCCAACCGACAGCGCCCCGGCCCCAACAGACAGCGCCCCGGCCCCAACCGACAGCCCCCCGGCCCCAACCGCCAGCGCCCCGGUCCCAGCCACCAGCCGCCCUGGUCCCAGCCACCAGCAUCCCAGUCCCGGCCAACACUGACCCGGCCGCGACAGACAGCACCCCAGUCCCGGCCACCAGCGUCCUGGCCCCGGCAGCCAACGCCUCCAGUCUCGGUCUUCAGAGUCCAUGGACCCGACAACCAACGCCCUCUUCUCCAGUUGCCAGCGUCCGGUCCAUGUCGACAGCGUCUCCUGUCCCAACAACCAACACCUUCGGCCAUCCACACCAGAGUACUCAGAAACAGAUGAAUGGGAAGAGAUCAAACGAUCUCUUGACUUCAUGUCAGUUUUGGGAUGAGGACUAACCAAAACAUCUGUGUUGACUCAUCGUCGGAGUGAGAAAAGAAACUCAUGAAUGUCCUCCAGUAAGGAGCCGCUCCACUUUGACCCAGAAUUCAUAGUUACUGGAUCUAGAAGCCUUUAAAGAAAAGCAGAGAAGAGGCAGCAAAAAGAAAAAAUAAAGGCCGGAUUUAUUUAUUA